GGGUUCAAAGCUAUUGAAGGCUGAGCAGGAUGAGCUCACAUCACUGAAGCUUAAACACGUGAGCGGCACGUUGGGCUGUGUCAUACAUGUGAUCAUGGUUCAUACACUGGUCAUACACAUCUGUAAUGUAAGCAGACCGGAAGUGGCGGAAGAGGUAAUUUGUAACAUCCUGUUGGCUCGAGGAUCUUUAAGUGGGUGAAAGGUGGUGAAGACGACGGGCUGUAAAGACGAACACUAACGGUGCGAACGGUUCCUUCACCUGUUGACUUUCACCUGAAACCAACGAUGCUGCAGAACACGGGGAAGUUAGCCGGCUGCACGCUCUUCAUCACCGGAGCGAGUCGAGGGAUCGGUAAAGCCAUCGCGCUGAAAGCUGCCAGAGACGGAGCCAACAUCGUUAUCGCCGCCAAGACCGCCGAGCCCCACCCCAAACUACCAGGAACCAUCUACACCGCCGCUCAGGAGGUGGAGGCAGCAGGUGGGAAAGCGUUGCCCUGUGUUGUUGACAUUCGUGAUGAGAAGCAGGUCGGAGACGCCAUUCAGAAAGCUGUGGACACGUUUGGAGGUAUCGACAUCCUGGUGAACAACGCCAGCGCCAUCAGUCUGACAGGAACUCUGGAGACGCCGAUGAAGAAGGUGGAUCUGAUGCUGGGAAUCAACCUGAGAGGAACAUACCUGACGUCCAAGCUGAUCAUCCCUCACCUGCUGAAGAGUCGCAGUCCUCACAUCCUGAACCUGUCGCCGCCUCUCAACCUCAACCCCGUCUGGUUCAAGAACCACACAGCGUACACGAUGGCUAAGUACGGCAUGUCCAUGUGUGUCCUGGGAAUGGCCGAAGAGUUCAGAGGUCAAAUUGCCGUCAAUGCCCUUUGGCCCAGAACUGCGAUCCAGACAGCAGCUAUGGACAUGUUGGGUGGGGAGGGUGUUGGUAAACAGUGUCGCACAGCUGACAUCAUGGCAGAUGCUGCCUAUGCCAUCCUGUCCCAACCGAAGGACUACACGGGUCACUUCCUGGUGGAUGAGGACGUCCUGAAAGAGCAAGGGGUCCAAGACUUCGAUCCGUACGCUGUCCAACCAGGUCACCCCCUGCUGCCAGACUUCUUCCUGGAUGAAGCACCAGAGACACUGGUCCAACAGAUGGAGCAACACGGGGCGACCCCAGCCUUCAAACCACCACCAUCAUCGUCAUCGGCCACGCCCCCCUCCAGUGGACCAAUAGAAAGCACAUUUGGUGUCAUCAGAGGCGUCAUCAACGAAGACGUCGUCAAGUCGACGCAGGGCGUUUAUCAGUUUGACCUGUCAGGAGAGCAUGGGGGCGUUUGGUUUCUGGACUUGAAGAGCGGCUCCGGCAGCGCAGGGCAGGGCCAGCCUCCAGUGAAACCUGAUGUCGUCAUGGCGAUGGACUCCAACGACUUCAGCAAGAUGUUCUCAGGUAAGCUGAAGCCCACCAUGGCCUUCAUGACGGGGAAGCUGCGUAUCAAAGGCGACAUGACGCUCGCCAUCAAACUGGAGAAACUGAUGAACCGCAUGAGCAAGGCCAAACUGUGAGACUGAAGGCCCCGCCCCCGACCCUCUCAGGCCCCGCCCCUCACUGUGUAUAGCAGUACAUGUUGCCUUAACAACAAGAACAAUAACAACAUUAACAACACACUGAGACAUGAAUAAAAUCUACAUUGAUGAUGAA